CACCGGAAAUGCCGAGGCGGGCCCUGGCGGAGAAAUAGUAAACUUCGGGAGCCAACAUGGCGGCAUGUCGUCCGUGGUGUGCCGUGGAGAGCAAAGCUCACCACUAAAAUAAUCCAAAAAUUGAAGCAAAACUCCACCACCGAAAGGCACUCACACGACAGAUCUGGUCCGAUUGAUCCACAUUCCACGGAAGGAAAGAAAGUAAACCGAUUUCACCCUUUAUUAGUCUGAGAAGCUGCCAAAAAAAAGGAAAAGAACAGGUUAAAAACGGUGCCGCGUCGUCCACAAUUGGAAAGCUCAUCAAGCAGCAGCAUCAGUUGUCGAAUUUCCGGCCAAAAAAAGAAAAAAAAGCAAGUUUGAACAGUGCUCCAGUUUUUCCAUCAAGAAGUUUUCUCUCAAAGAAGGAAAAAAAGUAAAGACGAAGAUACACACUGGCAACAAGUCCACGAAUCAGCAUCGUCACAGCAUUGUAAACGCUAAGCCGCACAAAACAUACGCCGUUGCCCGUCUUCUCAGCUCCGGCAGGUUCCGCACACACCUCCUGGUGCCAUCAUGGCCAGCGCUAAGUGGCAGGCGUCUGGCGCUCAGCAGGGGGAAGACGAAGCCGGAGACCAGGCGUCAUCCGGUUCCCCCAGGCAAAACGGCAAGCAAGGGAAUGCACACAGAGAGGCUGGCAUUGUUGAAAAACUCCUGCACUCGUAUGGAUUCAUCCGGUGCUGUGAGCGGUCGGCGAGACUGUUCUUCCACUAUAGCCAGUUCACGGGAAACAUUGAGCACCUGCGCAUUGGAGACCCGGUGGAGUUCGAGAUGACCAAUGACCGAAAAUCGGGAAAGCCCGUAGCCAGCGCCGUGGUUAAGAUAUCGUCCGAGGCCCUGUCCAGCGAGGUGCUUAGCGAUGAGGUGGCAACGGGCUUCAUCACGACCGAAGCCAAGGACGGUGCAGAGGGCCGAGUGGCAUACGAAAGCCGCGGCGAGUGCUUCUUCCUGCCGUACACGGAGGAAGACAUCGAGGAGGGCUAUACGCUGCACCACAACGACAGCGUGCGCUUUUAUCUGGCCACCUGCAAGGAGACGGGCGCCCCCUGUGCCAAGCGCGUGCGCCCCGAGAACGCUCCUGCCAAGGGCACUCCAGAAGCCCGGGGGGCACGCAAGAGCCUGCCGUCGCCGUCGCCCUCUGGGCAACGCAAACAGGGCGUCGUCUGCGCCCUGAAGGACACAUUUGGCUUUAUCGAAAGGGGAGACGUCGUUAAGGAGAUCUUCUUUCACUCGAGCGAGUGUGGCGACUUCCGGGCUCUAUCGCUGGGCGAGGACGUCGAGUUCACCGUGCAACUUCGCAACGGCAAGGAAGUGGCAUGCAACAUCACGCGCCUGGCGCCCGGCACAGUCGUCUUCGAGGACGUCGACCCCGAGCUGCUCCAGGGCCGCGUGACAGUUGUGGCCGACAGGGGCCGGCCGUCGCAGGCAGCCGCUGCAGAUCCUCUGCCGGGACGCAUUGUCUACACUCAGGGCGAGGAAGAGCUCGAGAUGCCUUACGGUGAACGUGACCCAAAGUGCGAGUACUCCCUCCAAGUGGGCGACCAAGUCCAGUUCAGCAUUGCCACCGACCGCCGGGACGGCCUCCAGCGGGCCACCAACAUUGAACUGCUCGACCAGACGUUUGCCAACGAGUCUCGACAAGUGGGUGUUGUGGCCACAGUAAAGGAAAGCUUCGGCUUUAUCAGCUGCCAGGAUCGCGACAGCCAGAUCUACUUCAAGACCUGCGAGCUGCUUGACCCAGACAUGACCUUGCAUCCGAGUGACGAGGUGGAGUUCACGGUGGCUCAAGACCCCGCAUCCCCCAGUCGCUUCUUGGCAACACGUAUUCGCCGCCUGUGGUCCGUGUGCGAUGACCAAGAUGGUCCUCGCACAAGGCGCUCGCUGUCGAACGGUGACGGAUCUGCCGUCAACGGUGACGAGUCCAAGAACUUGAGAAACAGGGCAAAGUCUGGCAAAGCCCGCGGUGGGCGAAAUGGCUUCCGGUACACGCACCGUGGCUACAUAGCAGCCCUGAAGGAGAGCUUUGGCUUUAUUGAAAACGAAGAGCACAACCAGGAUGUCUUCUUCCACUUCAGUGUGUUUGAGGGCAACCCGCAGACCCUGGAGCCUGGCCAGGAAGUGGAAUACGGUAUGGUGCUCAAGGGCACCAAGCGUAGCGCCGAGUGUGUGCGCAAGCUCCCUGCCGGUACACUGGCCGAUCCCGAGGAAGUCGUCAAGCCUGAAAUUCUCAACGGCACCGUCGAGCGGCCCGUGCGUUGCUUCAACCCGGAUCAGGAGCAGUACGCGGGUCUCAUCCGCCUCACCAUCUCGGGGGAGAGCGCCGAGCCCACUCCCACCUACCCGUUUGGCAUCACCAGCCUGACGGACAAACACGAGCUGCUCCAGAAGAACGAUGUGGUGCAGUUCCAGGUGGCCACCACGGGGUCGGGUGUGGAACGUGCUGUCAACGUUGUGGCUGUGCGAGCUCGGGUUCAGGCUACGGUAGAAGCUAUCAAGGGCCAGUUCGGCUUCCUCUCUUACGAGGCCGAGGAGGGGCGCAAGCUGUUCUUCCACACGUCUGAGGUCAAGUCUGGUAACCACCUCCAAGUGGGUGACCGUGUCGAGUUUGUGGUUGUCUACAACCAGCGCACCAAGAAAUACGCCGCCUGCAGUGUCAUCAAAGUUGGUGAAUCGCAGCCAACACAACGUCCGGAGCGUCUCGUGAGCCGGCUACGGACCCUCUCCACUGAGGACUCCGGUCCGCGCAUCAUCAUCGUUCGUCAACCCCGCGGUCCAGACGGCACCAAUGGGUUUGCCAGCCGCGGAACGGAAGCGAACCCAACGGCCGCUGAAACGCUCUUUGAAGAGUCCGAGGAGGCCGUGGAGUCUGAUGAAGGAGGGGAUGGAAAUUCUCAAGACGAAGCCGAAGACGUGGCCAAGCCCGAUGAAACAGAAGUCGCUGACAACACACUCAGUGCUAUGGCUCCAGCGGAGGCCGAAGUUCAGGCCUAAAGGUUUAGGCUUAGUGAAAGAAGUCGAGAGAUUUUUUCUUUUUCUCUUCUUUUCGUGUUCCCUAUUGGCUGUGGCGCCGGCAUCAUUUUCUUUUGGUGCGGAAAAAAAAAAACAGUGGGUGCAACGAGACUUCAUAUUAUUUCCUUCUGCAUGCCGCCAUUUCUAGGUUUUGCGUUUAAGCGCAUCCCUGGCAAGUUUGUUUUUUUCCUUUCUUUUCUUUCCUCUGUCAUUUUAUGGAAAUGAAAAGAAAAAAGAAGUGGCAAAUCUUAUGUAUUCUCUUGUUGAGUUGAGCAUGAAUGAUUGCGUGUGCAUGUGUGGGUGUGUCUUUUUUUUUUAAGUGUUUUUCUUCUACAAGUCUCAUUGGGCGCAAGUUUCUUUCAGCGGAACUUUUAAGGUCUUUGGAAUUGAAGUCAGAAUUGUGAGGAAAAAAGAACUGUGUGAUUGCUGUCUUGUAGCGUUUAAAGCAAUGGUGUAAGUGAUGUGUGCAUUUCUCUUCUCCACGGCUCCAGUCUUGUUUCUGAGGUCUUGUCUCGGCUCGGAUUUUGUCCUAUCAAGAUUUUUCCCCUCCCACCUGUUUCAAAGGUACAACUGUUCUGCAUGCUCGUUUUGAAACUUGGAAGUGGCACUGUGUGAAAGAGCCGAGGCAGUCCAUUCUGUUUUUUUUUUUUUUUUUUUUUGCAUUUUCUUUUUCUUUUUUUUUUGCAUUUCAGCUGCACACUUGGUACGCACUCUUGUGGGUGCCUGAGCUAUGUGAUUUUAAAUUUUUUUCUGUCGUGAUUUCAUGCUUCUUUCUUAGGUCAACUUUUCAUUUUUUUUUCUUUCAAGUCCUGAGUGUUGAAUUCGUUAAUUUUUUUUUCCUGCGGUGGUCUGUAGGAGUCGCAGAACAAUUCCAAGUCUUUCUGUGUGUCUGUUCAUGCAUAUCCAAGCAACGAACGAUGAUGAAAGUUAAAAAAAUGUGCUGCCUGGUUUUGAUCAACCACGAUAUUUCUUUCCAUUCCCGCCCCUCGUCAAACCGUGGUGUUCCACCCCUUAAACUUUCUGCCUCCACAACUAUGAUGCCGCCCUAAUACCUUCUCACGAAAGCAAUGCCCUUUGGGGGUAAUACUCAAGGCAAUAUGGCUGACUUUCUUUUUUCUCUAGUUGCACUACUAACCUUCAUUCUUUUUGCCAAUGUGGCUAUGAGUUCUCUCGCUUCUUAAUACAUGACUCAUGGUAAGCCCCCCAUAAAUGUCUCUCUUCUAGUAUGAGCAUGAGUUGGAAAAGCAGCACAAUAUUGGCUUGCCAAUUUUUUGACAAAGUUGUGUAUGGGCAACAAAUUUAAAGUGAGAAAUAAGGAACAUGGAAGGAAACUACACUGAUAAUGAUAACUGCCUUGGUCCCAGCAUAAUUGUAGGCAAUGCCACACAAUAUUGGCUUGCCAAUCUGCAACAACAUUGCUUUUGGGAACCAUAUCUAAAGAGAGGAAUGAUCAACAUGGAAGAGAACUCUUGCACUGGUCCGUUUUUUUUUUAUUCCUGUGAUAACGUGCAACAAAAAUCUAAAUAUUGGCAGUGCUGUACUUUAGUCUGGUUUACUUAGCAAUGCGAGUAACAUUUUUGGUAUGGUCUACCCUUAAGGAAAUGUGUGACACUCUUUCGUAGCAGUUGUGUUCUUAGUUGCAUUGAGUAGUGAGACCUUGCUGAGUGUUAGCACACCCAUCCAAUGUGCUGAGUGCCACGACAUUGCUGUGUUUGGGAAAACUUUUGCAGUGAGAAUGAGUAGUGAAUGGCCUCGACUUCCAAAUAGUUUCUGGUGUUCCGGUCAGUGUCUGUGUCCUCCUCUUCAGUUUUGAUGCUUAGCUCUCGAUAGCAUGGCGCUGUCACAUGUUUAGGUUUUGUAUGUUUUGCUGCCUGUACGGAGGUGUUUCGAUUUGUGUUUCUUCAUUUCUUCAUAACCUUGCUAUAACGUUGAGGCCUUCUUUUAAGGUCGUCAGCUAUACAUUAUUUGCUUUAUUUACAUUCGUUGAGUUUAUCUGUUAACUUCGCUGCCUUGAGAAGUUUUUGUUCUCUUGGAUGCGGUGGUGUAGAGCUGGGGUAAAUUUUUCACGCUGAAGAUACAGGUGGCUCUGGGACCUAUACGACAUGUUGUACCCUCCCCCAUUAGAAUGAAAAUAUGGAAGGAAGGUUUGCACAUUUCUCAAUUGGCAGCAUUUUAGGAGUGUUCAGACCCUGUUUGUAGCCUAGGAUUCACUCAGUACUGUAUUGGAAUGUCAGGGAAAAGGGAAACAUCCUUGUAUUAAUUUUUCUCGUUUUCUGAGUUUGCUGUAGUGUAUUGAUGUUUGUGUUGCUCUUUUUUUUUCUGAUAUGAGCCUGAAUUUUGGCAGGUUCUUCAGCAUCCUCUAUUGGAACUAAGUUUGACAACUCUGUACUAUAUUGUGCUAAGAGUUGUUUCUUUGUAAGGCAUUUUAGUCUUUGAGGCAUUCACGUGCUGAGCCGAGCAAACGUUCAUUGCCCGGUUUAUUACCACCUUUUUGUCUGCGUAGAACAUUUGAGCUUUGUCGGCGCUCGAGAGGCAGGCAAUGCCUGUUUGCAGAGUGGAGUUGAUGGAUGGAAGUGUUUAAAAAAAUGUGUGUACUGUCUUUUAAUAUAGCACAGCAUUAUGCAAAUUAUUGGUGGUGCCCAAGUAGCUCUGGAAACUGGGCCACAACUGUUGCAGUGUUGGGCGAUAUUGGCAUGGCCCGUAAAAUCCCAGAAAAGAAGAAAAUGCACGGCAUUGGACCAGUGAUGCCUGGUAUUGUGUCUACACAGCUUUACAUAUGACCUUUGUUGGCCUUGCUACUGGGCUGCUAGGGCAAUGUUCGAAACAGUGCUCAUUACUGCCUUGUUAAUAUCAUGUCUAUAGUAUUGGAAUUGGAGUGUAUUCAUAUUUGCUGGAAAAGACCAUCUUUUCUUCGUAAAGCUGUAUUUCAUGUGUGGCUUAUUUUCGUUUAUUUUCACAUUGCUGCUUUGAACGUUGUGGUACUCGACUCUUCGAGUUAGCAUUUUCAAUUGCACACACAUUAAGAGGAGUACUGCAAGUUCUUUAGCGCCGAUCAUAUCUUCUAACUCUAUUGCUGUUCUUGAAAAUUCUUGCGCAGUAUCGCUGUAGCAGAUUGAUUCUGUUAUAGUAUAUACUUGUAUUCUAUCCCUACUGGAAAGGUUCUGUAUCCAUUGUAAUAACGUUUUCCCCAUUCCGAUUGGAAGUGAUACAGACUCCAUAUAACUUUCACAUGCUUUUUGUAUGAGUAAUGCAGAAUAUGUACUGAAUUAUGAGACGCUUAUCAAACUUUUUUAGUGGGGCACUUAUUCAUUUGCUUUAGCCUGCAGACUUCAUUAGCUGCCAUGAUUGUGUGCAGUAAAUCAUUGCAGGCAGAUAAGUUGCCUUAUUUCUCCUACAGGCGCUGCGUGCUUUUAGUUAACAUCCACUUUUGUAGCAUGGCUUUGGUACUGAAAAAUCUAUUUGCAUUCUCAAAAAAUUAAGUUUUCGUGUUGUUUAUAUAUGUAAAUGAUGCACAGGUAACUGUAGAGACCUGCAUUGUUCUUUCUAGGAACAACUCCGGGAGCAGGAAAUUAAGAGAAUGUGUUUGGAAUUUUCAUGGCAAGGUCAGCUGUAUGCAGAAGGAAGUCUGGCCCGAUUGCUUACAGAAAUCGUAUUUUUGGAAGUUCGACACGCACGCUUGAACGAAGCCUUGUAAAUUUUGAAUGAAGAGCUGUCUGGUUUGCGCGCGGAAAGUAUCGCUUGAAUUUGGAGAAAAACUUGCAUGCUCUGAAAGGAACAUGUGAAAAAGGUUUCGCCAAGAGUGUGUGCAACACUUUGAAAAAUCACGUACUGUUCCCCAGUGCAUUGCUGUCAAGACUGUUCACAUGUGCCGCACGGGCGCCGUGUGGAGGUACAUUGUCUAAAUGCUCUCCUAUUUGCUUCUUUCAAAUGUUUUGCUUUUUUUUUUUUCCAGAUGUUGCGAGUGUUUACUUGCUGCUCAAAAUCAAAUGCAAGGAGUCCUUUUUUUUUCUUUCUGGUAUACGAUUGCUUUUGGUAGUGAAAUGUCAGUCUUAUCAGUAAAAAUUAGGUGUCGUUGAAAACACUGGUCGCCAGUUCACUUGUUGUGUCAGCAAGGUUCCUUUCCCAGUGCCCGGUCAAUGCAGGCAUGGCCAUAUGGUACCAACAAAAGCGAACGGCCACAGAGUGACCGGAAAGAAGCGACUACUUUGUAUAAAGGGCUGAGGAAAGAGGAUUACUAAUGAAUUUGUCGCGCUUUUUUUUUUCCCCAGCAUACUUAUCCCAGACAAAUCUGGUCUAACGGAGCUCUGAGAAAUCGUGGAAGGGGUCAUCUGUGGUUUAAAUCAAGGAUGUCUCGUAAUUUUAAAGGAGCCCUCUUUAUUCUUUGUCCAGUGUUUCUAAAUGCUGUGGUCUUUUCAGAUUGCGCGCAAGAAGUGUCUUUGUGUGGAAAGACAUUAAAGAAAUGUUUCUAGCCAA